AUGGUGGUUAAAACUAGAGGGAGACAAGCCACCAAAGCUGCUGUAGUGGUAACAGAACCUUCGACAGCCACUGACGUAAAAAUCACAUUACAGCCAGAUGAUGCCAAUCCCCCAAGGGUUUUUAUAUUACCAAAAGAUAUCAGUACAGAAGCUCGAAUUAUCACACUCGAAAACCCUAGAUAUGCAAAGCUUGAUCGAUAUCUUGUAUGCCCCAAUCGAGGUUUCAAUGAAUUUACUCGAAUAGCUGCACCAAAAACAACACCCAGAAGUUGGUUACUUGUGCCAGAAGAUGAAUCGAAGGUUCCCCUGAGCGAGGAGCUAUCCAAGGAUGGAGCGAAUGAUUCAGAAAAAGCUUCCGCCAAAGGCUAUGUCACGAAAGGAGCAGACCUUUUCAUUGCGACCCCAAUUGACUCCCUAUUCAUUAUUCUCCCUGCUCUUGUACCCCUAUCCACAACCAAAGUCUCAGACCCCCCGAAGAAAUUAUUCUUAGCUGGCGACGAUUAUAUCGACAAGUUAAUAUCCAUAUCGCCACACCUGGUAUCUUUCCUAAGAACUGGCCCAUUGCGAACGAGCCUGGAAAAGAGAAUGGCUGCAGUAUGCGAUACGGUAGAUGCUGGGGACGAAAUAAUGUUCAGAAUAAAUGAGGAAAAGCUAUCCAAGGAACUCUUACAGAAGGCGAAGAAGAUGGUUAAACAUGGGAUGCCUGCUAGUAUGGAAGAGAAACUAGUCAGAAAAGCGCUGGACAUUCCAGUUUUAAGCAUCAAGCGAGGAGAAUCAACCCAAGAAGAAUUAAAAGAGGAAGCGAGUACACAAGAAGAAUCGGGGACUUCGACACCACGAACCGAAUCACAAGAUACACAAGCUGCAGACUCAUCCGCAGAUACUGCUGCGAGCUCGGUUUCCGAAGCCUCAACAGCAGUAACAUCAACAUCGGGCGAUUUGGCUAGUAACACUGAAGAUGAGAAAACAAGCAUACCAUCGAUCGAUGCACCCGAGGGUGUCGCAGAUCUAUUGCGCAUCCGUACAGCAUUUUUCUUCAUCUGCUCGAAUUACAUAGCCCCUCACCUUAGCGACAUACUGAAGGACUUCGUGAGAUCUUCGGCAUCACCUGUUGAUUUCAGCCCCUUGGAGAGCCAUCUUGCAUAUCUAACGAAACUGCGGCAAGAUGCUCUGGCAGCACGAUCGAUGGGAGAUUAUUCGAGAAAGCGAGCAACAGUUGGCGAUGAUGAUGAAAUAGAGACGCGUGCAGAAAAGAAGCGCAAACUAGACGAGGAGGACAAGAGGAAGAAGGCUGGUGAGAGUAGAGGUGUCAAGAACUUAAAAAAAGUCAACACCAGUGGAAUGAAAAAGAUGAGCGACUUUUUCAAGAAAAAAUGA